CCUCAGAUAUCAUCACAUCAAUUCAUGAUUAUUUCAUUCAUUCAUUCAUUCACUCGAAAUUGAGAGUUGCGUGAGAGACAUUGCCAUUGGAACUCCCAAAUUGCGUGCGAUUCCUCAGCCGCCAAAGAACUCUCAUACUCAAUUUGCAGCGUCCUAAGGUCCUACAAGCAUACAAGCCAUAAUCCUGAGUGGUACUGAUCUUGACAGAUAUCAAUGAUUGGGUUCUAAAAACUGUUCCUUGUGUUAACAAACAGUAAGCUAUUAGUUAGAAGAUGUGUCGUUGAUGCUGUUUGGCAUUUGUAAUUUAUAUGACCAAAAUGGACAUGCGACCUCCUUUAUUUCUUCGGAGAUCUGGUGAAAAGCAGAUGAGUAACAUGGGUGUUUCUGGAGCCAUGUCUUCAUUUCCUACCUAUUCGGAAGAGAAGUAUCCCAAAUUGCCAGAUUCGUUUCAGGUUUCCUCAGAACAGGAAAUGAUGACACAUCCAAUUUCUCCUCUAUCAAGUCCAUUGGCUUCUAAGAGUGGUGCAGUUGGGCACUUGUUCUCAUCAGGUUCUGGAUUCUCCACAGAUGUUCAUUUCUCUUCAGUUUCACCUCAAGCAAGGUGUCCCGGUAAUUCUCCGUUCAUUUCUCAAACAUCUAGUGAUGGAGCAUCUUUGCCAGCAAUCCGUUCUUCUCGUUCAGGUGUGCGAUCCACACAAUUAAUUAAUUACCCGAAGGAAGACAAUGAUAUGUCCUGGACUCCAGAUUCGUUGCAUGACUUCCUCAACUUUCCAGAAAACGUACAUGUCCAUAAUGGUCAGGUCGAAAGCAGCACUGGCGUAAUGGCAUCUGAAGACCAUGUUAAGAGAACUGAUUGGCAGGAAUGGGCAGACCAGUUAAUCACUGUUGAUGAUACUCUAGACCCAAAUUGGAGUGACAUUCUGGUUGAUGAUGUACAAGAUCAUCCUAAACCAAAGGAGAUAGAACCAUCUACGGAUAUUUCUGCGCACCAGGCCCAACUUCAUCUUCAUCAAUCUGCACCAUCUGGAGAAACUUGUCGUGUUGUUAGCCCCUUAGCCAGUGCAGCCCAGACCAAACCCCGCAUGCGCUGGACGCCUGAACUUCAUGAAUCCUUUGUGGAAGCUGUCAAUAAGCUUGGUGGUAGUGAAAGAGCUACUCCAAAGGGUGUGCUGAAGCUCAUGAACGUUGAAGGCCUGACCAUCUAUCAUGUUAAAAGCCACCUGCAGAAAUAUAGAACAGCCAGAUACAAACCGGAGUCAUCAGAAGGAACUUCAGAGAAAAAGUCAACUCCUGUUGAGGACAUUACAUCUUUGGAUUUGAAAACGAGUAUGGGGAUUACUGAAGCAUUGCGAAUGCAGAUGGAAGUUCAGAAACGGCUCCAUGAACAACUUACUGAAGCAUUGCGAAUGCAGAUGGAAGUUCAGAAACGGCUCCAUGAACAACUCGAGAUACAAAGAAAUUUGCAGUUGCGAAUUGAAGAACAAGGGAGGUACCUGCAAAUGAUGUUUGAGAAGCAGAAGAGGAUGGGUGAUGAGAGGUUGAACGCGUCCUCCUCCAAUUCAGAUGAACCCCCUCCCCCUACGGUCAUGCAAUCUUCCCACGCCAACAACAAAUUAGAAGCCUCCAAAGAAGAGGACAACAUCAAUGCAGGAAGUGGUGGAAGUAUUGCAGGCUCGGUACCAGAUGAAAUUUCCAAGGACUCAAUUGAGAAACAAACGGAACCUGAAAGCAAGAUUGGCAAGGAUCUCAACCCAGAUGCUAAGAGGCCUGCUUCUCCACCUACGAAGCGUGCAAGAGGAGAUGAAACAGCAGUGCUCGUAAGCUAAACUGGUGUUGUGUUAGUUGUGUGGCAUGUACUUUGUCGAUCAACUCAAAGAAUGGUGGGAACUUUGGACAUUCUUUCAAGUAGCAAAUGGUGCUUCUUUUUUGCUUUUCUUUUUUUUUUUCUUUUUUUUCAUUUAGCAAAUAAGCAAACUAACUCUCUAAACUGGGAAAGAAGGCUUCUUUGUAUAUAUGUGCUUGUGAAUACAUCUGUAGGAAUCUUUUGUGCAAUUAUGUUUUGGGUCUUUUGGUGGUUUUAUUUCAUUAUUACCAUCUAUUUUGUAUAUCUAUAACGGACUAAUCACAACUCCUUGUGAAGCCAAUCAUGUUUAAGGUUGAAGUA